CAUUCAUAUAUAAUCAAUUCGACCUCUCUCAAAUAAAUCUACCUUCAAAAUGAUCACUCGCAUUUCCUUCCGCAACUUCUUGGUCAUGUUGGCCGUUUUCCCCUCUUCGGUGAGCUCAUUUAAUCCAUUGAACACGCCGAAGUCGUCUCCAUCCUUUCAUAUCGAAGACGGACUCAAAGCUGCAACCGUUGAUAGUACCAACGAAGAAGACUCGUGGAAUUCUUUGACUCGAAUGAUUCACUCCACGAUUGAAGAGAAGGGAGGAGACUCGUUGUCGGAAGAGGCGAAGGAUGAAAUCAUCAAAACUGCCGUUGCUGGUUCCGUGUUGGGGACGGUUGUUGGAUCCCCCUUGGUAGUUGGAGCUGCUCUUGGCUACGCUGGAUCUCAGAUGCUUCAAGGUGAGAAGGGAGAUAAGGCAAAACAAGUCAUGGGUCAGGCUACCAGGGAAGUCAUGGACCGAGCCAACUCUGCAAUUGUUUUCGCCAAGCAGGAACUCGAAAACGAAAAAGACCUCUCAAAUGUAUCGGCAAAGAUUUUGCUAGCCAUUAAAGAUAAAGCAGGAGAGAUCAAAUCCGAGGCGAAGGAUUCCCCUGCGAUCAUGGUGGAAAAAUUGAAACAGAAUGUCAUGAACUCUGUUGAAAGUCAAGAUUUCAAGACUUUGCCAAAACGUUCCUUCGGUGCACUCAAAGCGCUUCUCGAAUCCGAUGAAGUAAAGAACGUAUCAACCAGUGCUAUUGAUGCAAUCAAGGCCGGGCUCGAAUCGGAAGAGAUGAAAGCCUUGCAAAACCGUGCGUCGAAGGCCGUAAAGGAUACACUCGACUCCAAGAAAUAGACAAACAACUUUAGAGAUGUGCGGCGCCAGAUAUAUAGGCAGACCGCCAUCAAAUUCUGCCACUACAAAUAGAACCACGACCACGUAGGGCAGCUAGAAGCAAAAUUCGAAGCGAAUACCCCAGAUACACACAUAAACAAAACCUAGAAGAUAUUUUGCACAAAAUAUGAAAAAAGUCUGUUAGAAGAU